CCCCUUGCUCAUUUUUGCCCCUCAAAGGAGAAACCAGGCAGCCUAUUAAAACCGAACGAAAGAACGCCAAGAAGACAGGAAAAUGCCGGGAAAACUCGAACCGAAAGCAAACUAUCAAUGUAGAUAGGCAGACGAGGCAGAUUUUUCAGCUCGGGGUGCCCAAACGGCUGGGUCGUGGAGUGGGGGGGGAUCGGCCUGACUCAGCCACAACACAAACCCGAUCCUCCCUUUUACGAUUUCUCACCAACGCACUUAUCGACAAGAAUCAAUCUCUUCCUGGGUCACGGACGAGAGGUUAGCGAAGAUAUCAUAAAAACUGUCAGAGGGAUGGACAUCGUAACGGACUUGAGUCAAAAGUCGUGGAGCAGAGACAAUGAAUCUUCCCCGUCGGACCUGUCCGCCCAGUCAGUCACUUUCGCGCUCAAGAAUGCCUUGCCAAUUUGUGAUUGCCCAGGAAAAAGCCUCGCUAGAAGUUCCUUCAGCGCUGGACCAAUGUCAUACCGAGAAUCAAUGAUUUGGGUCAUGUUUGGUCUCGUUGAAUCGGUGAUCGAACUGUUGGUGCCCGAGGUCAGUAUUCACGACAGGAAAGCCUUUGUGAAUCAAAUCGGGUGGUUUGAGAAACACAUGAGAGUCUGCUCAUGUGAGUCAGAUACAGCAAAAGUGAGGCUGUAGAUAUUCUCGUUUCAUUUUCGAUCGAUCUUGGUGUAACUAUGUCACCCCAUUCAAGGUAGUAUGGCAAAAUAUCACGUGUUUCAGAAAG